AUGACGGAGCUUGAUGUUGAUUCUAGGCCGGAAACAUUUUCACAACCAAUAAAUGUUGCCGGAAUGGAUGAGGUUCAAGGGGAAUGGGAGUUGGAUGAUCUUGUUAAUGAUUUGCACAAAGAAUGGAGUCAACAUGAAGGGAAGAAGGCAGUGUCACAAAAAUAUGUUGAAUUUAUGUUGAACAACAAAGCUAGUGAGGACAAUCAAAAGAAGCACGCUGAUAGGGUGAAGGAUAGUAAUAAUCCGGGUCCUUGGAGCAUUGAUUGGCUUGCAAACCAGCAGUCUAUAGCGGAUGGUGGUAUUGUUUUCACAUCCUCGCACAAUAAUGGCAAGAGCGGAGAUUUUAAGGCUGAAGCUGUUUACGGUCAGAUGAAUGAUCAGUUUCCUAUAGGAAUGCGAGUUCUUGCGGUUGAUGAUGAUAGAACAUGUCUCAAGAUUUUGGAGAAACUUCUCCAAAGGUGUCAAUACCAUGUAACCACUGCUCAAAACGCGAUAACGGCGUUGAACCUGUUGAGAGAAAACAAAAGCAAUUUUGACCUAGUAAUCAGCAAUGUUCAUAUGCCAGACAUGGACGGAUUUAAGCUUCUUGAGCUUGUUGGACUUGAGAUGGACCUACCUGUCAUCAUGUUUUCUGCGAAUGAUGAUCCGAAGAUGGUGAUGAAAGGAAUUGAACACGGUGCUUGUGAUUAUCUGCUGAAACCUGUUAGACUGAAAGAGGUACAGAUCAUUUGGCAGCAUGUAAUCAGGAAGAAGAAAACUCGAACUGUUUGGUCCGCUGAUUUACACCGCAAGUUUGUUGUUGCGGUUAAUCAAUUAGGCGUUGACAAGGCUGUACCCAAAAAGAUUCUUGAACUGAUGAAUGUUGAAAAUCUGACAAGGGAAAAGGUGGCCAGCCAUCUCCAGAAGUAUAGACUCUAUCUAAAAAGAAUUAGUUGUGCGGAAGACAAACAAGAUCAUAUGGCAGCAGCCUUAGCUAGUAGUUCAGAUGCAUCCUAUUUAAGAAGUGGAGUUGGAGGACAUUUGCAUACAUUGAAUGGCUCUACACAGUUUCAUAACCAUUAUAAUCCUUUCAGAUCAUUUCCAUCUGGUGGAGGUAUGAUUAGUAGUUUCAACACGCCUAAUAACGUGAAUAUGCAUGGAUUGCCUUCUUCUGGAACUCUUCAGCCGAUUCAGACACAUAAUUUAAACAACUCAACAGAUGAUCAGCUAAAGUUCCAAUCGGCCCUAACUCGCGGCAAUCCAAAUGAUGUUCAAAGAGAUAUCUCUAUUAGUCCUAUCCAAAACAUGACCAAUAACCUCCCAAAUUUCAGUUUCACAAACAAUCCCUUGAUGUUAGAAGGAAAUCCUCAAGAAAAACAAAUAGGUGAAGGAUACAAAAAUUUAGCAUCUCAGAAUUCACAGUAUUUCUCUUUACUUGAAAACAGAAGGUGCAAUCGUAUUUGGUCAAGCACAAUGCAACUACCUGGAACAAGCUCUUAUCUUCCAAGAGAAUCUUUUAACCAUGCUGCUAUGCCUCAUCUGUCAUUUCAAGGUUGGGAUAAUAACAAUAAUCAUGAUGGAAGUCACCAUUCUUCUAAUGUGAUCGGCAAUUCAAUAGGCUCUUCUAUGAUUCCUGGUAUGAAUGUUGUUGAACAAGAAGGAAACUUGGACUACAAUUAUGGUGAUUCGGUACAAUGA